AUGCUACACCCUGGAUGUGGAAAACGGUGGUUUAAAAGGAGGGGUCAACCUAUAAGUUCUACAACAUUCAGGGGCAACCUUACAUCAUACAACUGUACCACAACAUUCAAUGACGUACAUGAAGACAAUGUUCAAUAUUAUUUUAGAAUUGAAUGUGAUGGAAGUCCUUUAAAAUAUGAUUUUAAUGAAAACCCAGUGACCAUCAGGAUCAAGGGGCUCCCUGAUGCACCUCGUUUGACCACCCCCAAGGAGCCGGUGGUGGAGGGGACUCCUGUGGAGCUGAGGUGCUCUGCCCCGUCCUACUGUGACACCCACCCGCCCACUGUGACGUGGACCCCCGCCCUGGGGCUCAGCACCCAGCUCGAGCAGGACGAUACCGUGACCUCCACUCUGACCUUUAACGCCUCCCACCUCCACCAUGGAAACAAUGUCUCCUGCACUGCGGCCUACUACAUACCAUCUGGGAACAAAACUGUGACGUCUACAAGAUACCAACCCAGUAUCUCAUUUGCCCCCAGGAACACCUCUGCUGUCGGCAGCCCGUGUCUUCCAGCCAGAGAGGGAGGCUGCCUGAACCUGACCUGCACCAGUCAUGCUAACCCUGCUGUCAGCGAGUUCACCUGGUACCGAAUACACGGAAAACACAACCGUAAGAUCGGGAGUGGAUCUUCUCUGUCCAUCAAGCUGUGGAACGCCAAUUACGUUUUCUUCUGUGAGGCCAGGAAUGGCAUUGGCACGGAAGAGUCUAAUGUCUACAAGGCCGACAUUAAAAAUGCCUCCAGGAACCCCUCUGCUGUCGGCAGCCCGUGUCUUCCAGCCGGAGAGGGAGGCUGCCUGAACCUGACCUGCACCAGUCAUGCUAACCCUGCUGUCAGCGAGGUCACCUGGUACCGAAUGCACGGAGAACACAUCCCUAAGAUCGGGAGUGGAUCUUCUCUGUCCGUCCAGCUGUGGAACGCCAAUGACGUUUUCUUCUGUGAGGUCCGGAAUGACUUUGGCACAGAAAAGUCUAAUGUCUACAAGGUCGACAUUCAAACUCCUCCCAGGAUCCUGCCCUCUUCAGGCUGCAGCAGAAGUGCAGCCUGGGUGCGAUGUUCCUGCUACAGCGUGGGCAGACCAUCACCGUCUCUGGAGUGGUGGUUGGAUGGGAAACUGUUGUCGGGUUCUGAAGACGUGUCUGUUAGCCAUGUCAACCUGGAGAACGCCACGUUGAGGAGCUCCAUCACAAUGAGGGCCCCUGCUGGUCCGACAGCCUUGACCUGCCACAGCUCCAACGCUGCCGGGAACACCAGCCAGGAGCUUCCUGUCCCCCACCAGGAUAUACAGCAAUACCUGACAGACUUGGUGCUGUGCAUUGUCAAAUCUGCUGUGAUGUUCGUGGGCUUAGUGUGUGUGGUCUUCUGUAUUAUAAGAACUCGGAAAGUGGGUGAGGAGACGCGGUCCUUUAACGCUGCCACUGUGAAGCGAGCCCCCCCAGACGAGGAGGAGUCCCAGGUCAUCUUCGGAAGUGAGGAGGACGACUACGUUAACAGCGGGAUGCAGAUGAACCCGGUUGGGCCGGGAGAGGAGCCGGUUGGACCGAGAGAGGAGGCUGUUCUGAGAGCCGGUUCCCCAGUCUCAACGCACCGUGAUGCAGCCUCCUCCCACCGGAGAGGCCCUGCAGGCUCCCACCCAGGACGCCCGUUCUCUAGGGAGCUCACUGAAGAUACUCAGUAAACAGUUCACGAUGACCCAAAUAUUUCCUCCAGGGAGAUAUUUUCAUAGUUAGUACAUCGCUUAAUAGUUUCACUGUUGAUCAAAAUAACUGCUUGUUUUUCUCUGUGUUUUUCUUUCCUUAUUUUUCUCUUUUUCUUAUUGGCUACGAUGAAUAUAAAGGUUAUAUCCUAUGGUGUUGAGUCUACUUGCAAUUAUACGGCCCUGGUAAACCCUGAGAACAACGUUUGACCCUGUUAGGCCUUAGUACCAACACGUGAACCUGGUAAGCACUAGUUCCCUGGUCGCCCCUGGUAACCACCUGUGGUCAUGGUGACCAUUAGCAUCGCUGCUAAGUUGGUAACCAUCAGUGUCAGUGGCGGGCCCGCCCUAUACGCUCAGUAUGCAAUUGUGUGUACUGCUAAGACAAUACACAACAUUUAAAGAAUUCACAGAUUCAAGAUCCAUUCUGAGGGGUUAUGUUGCCCUCUGGUGGUGAUUUGCAUUCACAGCCCAGGGAGAGAAGGCUUGUAGUUGUCUGUAGUGAUUUAACGCAAUAUAUACUGUUUCAUACAUUGUGUGAAACAUGACAGCAAAUCUAUUGAAUUUCAUGAAUGUAUUAAUUGUCAUUCUAUCCCUUUGGCAAAUUAAACAUAGGUCACGUAUCUUCUAGGUUUUACAGCAAUGUCUAAUGUUAAUUAAAAUGUGUAACCAUCUCUUUUAAACAAA